UACGUUCUUAAUCGGUCACCUUGCAAUAAGGUAUGGUAGCCGCAUGAGGCACAGGGCGAGAGUGGGCGACCUCAUAUAGCUUGCGCGGGAGGCGUUUCCUUUAUUUGUUCACUGUAAACGGCGUGCUAAUGUCGUGCGGCAACAUGCGGACAUUACUGAUAUUUAUGCUGUGCGCGGUCACAGCUUAUGCUCAAUUUGAUUCGCCAGCGCCGCCGAGACUCCAAAUUCCCGGCGCAGUCUUGAGCGGCGGACCAAGACAAGGGGGACUUCGACAAGGAAGGCUACAAGGCGCCCCCAUCGGCGUCGCUAGAGUAAGAAGGCCAGGGCUCGCAAGGCCUUCCUUCAAAUCGGUAGAUGCAGCUCCUCGCCCGAACCUCCAAUUCCUAGAUGAAAUAUCCAAACCAGUCACCGAAGAACCUGAAGAAGACUUCGACAUCAACACGCCGACAGCAUUCAUAUCUAAUGCGUUCUCGACGCCAGAAUCACAAAAUGAAUACUUCGACAUAACGACGACGUCUCAACCAAAGCCACCCGCGAUCUUCAACUCAUCACCUUUCCAACCAACGACGCCGACGGCACCAAGGCCGGAGCCAGUAAGACCGACGCAAUACCGACCACUGGCACCACAAUCGUUUUCUCCUGUGAGAAACGAGCCGCCACCGAGGCCUCAACCCGCUAGACUGCAACCUCUUUCGAGCAGACCACAGCGUCCCGCCUUCAGACCCGAGCCUAAACCUUUCGUUGACGAAGACGAUGAAUACAUUCAACCCGUAAGACAAGUAACCAGACAACAAGCACCCGCGAAGCACGCCGCCCCACAGAAAUACAUACCUUCCAGCAAUAGGGAUAAGAAGCCGGUAGCUCAAAUCAUUCGUAAAUACAGAGAAGAAAACGAAGAUGGAAGUAUAACAUGGGGUUUCGAAAAUGACGACGGUACUUUCAAGGAAGAAACAAUUGGCGUAGACUGCAUAACUCGCGGGAGCUACGGAUAUGUUGAUCCCGACGGCAUUAAGCGUGAAUAUAACUACGAAACUGGCAUCGCCUGUGACAAGGCUAAGGAAGAAAAGGAACAAAAGGGUUUUGUUGACUAUCAAGAGAACAAAGCAGUUUUACCUAACGGAAUAACGAUAGAUCUCAACGCAAUGGGUAAAAAGUCUAAGAGGCCAUUCAGAUCAGCGGGUAACCUUUAGAAUUUAAGUGCAUACGAUAUGUAUUUAUUUUAGGAGCUCUAAUUUUAAGAUGUUUAUUUGUCUUAAACAUUAACUGUAAUUUAGAACCAGUUUGUUAUAACUAGGUCCUAGAACAGCCUGAACUGACAAAUAAAAUGUUAAGACCUUAAUAAAAA